AUGACAGGAGACAAAAACAAAGAUGUUGCAGAAUCAUCAGAAGUUCUGAAUAUAAGCUCUAUUGACAUUGAACAGAAGAGAAAUUCGCACGAAAUCGAACAGCAGAGUAACUUUCAUGAGAUUGAACUGAAGAAAAUAUCUCUUGAUGGUACCGAAGAGAAGAGGGACUCACAUGAUCCUGAAGGGAAUAGGAAGUCCUGCGUUACUGAAGAGAAAAUCAACCACUCCAACUCUCAUAAUAUUGGAGAGAAGGCCGACUCUCAUGAACACGAAGGGAAGAUCAACUCCCAUGAAGGUGAUGAACCACCUGAGAAAGGGACAAUCACUACUAGAAGUCCCAAUGCACCGAUCAUCAAAAAGAAAAGAGGAGGAUGGAAACUUGCAAUUCUCUUGUUAGCAAAUCAAGGCCUAGCUACACUAGCUUUCUUUGGUGUUGGUGUGAACUUGGUUUUGUUUCUAGUCAGAGUGCUUGAACAAUCAAAUUCCGUAGCGGCCAACAAUGUCAGCAAGUGGACCGGAACAGUUUAUCUGUUUUCUCUGGUUGGAGCUUUCCUCAGCGACUCCUAUUGGGGCCGUUACUUAACCUGUGCCGUCUUUCAAGUCUUCUUUGUAAUGGGCUUGGGACUAAUGACACUGACAUCUUGGAUCUUUCUAAUCCAUCCAUCUGGUUGUGGCAACGGAGAAAAGCUUUGCAAUCCCCCAUCCGAAACUGGUGUUGGUCUUUUUUACCUAUCAAUAUAUUUGGUAGCAUUUGGAUACGGUGGUCACCAGCCUACUAUAGCAACAUUUGGAGCGGACCAAUUUGAUGAGGCAGAUCCUGAACAGCAAAAAUCCAGAGCAAUUUUCUUCUCGUAUUUCUACUUUGCACUUAACGUAGGGUGUCUCUUCUCAAACACCAUCUUAGUUUAUUAUGAGGAUCAGGGAUAUUGGAAUAUAGGGUUUGUUGCCUCAUUAGGGUCAGCAGUAGUAGCCCUAUUAUCCUAUUUGAUGGGAUCAAGUCGUUAUCGGUAUAUAAAACCAUGCGGCAACCCUUUGCCUCGUGUUGCUCAGGUAUUUGUGGCAGCUGCUAAAAAAUGGCAUGUUGUUCCAGCUGAUGCAGAUGAUCUGUAUGAGAUGGAAGGAAAAGAAUCUGCAAUCAAAGGGAGUAGGAAGAUUCUUCACAGCAAUGAAAUUGAGUUUUUGGACAAGGCAGCAACAAUAACGGACAAGGAUCAAAAUGAGAAGAACCCUUGGAGGCUUUGCACUGUAACCCAAGUCGAAGAAGCCAAAUGCGUCCUGAAACUUCUACCUAUUUGGCUUUGCACUAUAAUUUACUCAGUGAUCUUCACACAAAUGGCUUCUCUAUUCGUAGAGCAAGGUGAUGUAAUGCAUGCCAAAAUCGGAAACUUUCAUAUCCCAGCUGCUAGCAUGUCAGCUUUUGACAUAUGCAGCGUCCUAAUCGCCACUGGAAUUUACCGCCAAGUCCUUGUGCCUUUAGCUGGAAGACUAAGUGGAAACCCUAAAGGGUUAUCAGAGCUUCAGAGAAUGGGAAUUGGACUAAUCAUCGGAUUGUUCGCAAUGGUUGCAGCUGGUGUCACGGAGAUUGCAAGGCGCAAAUAUGUGGAGCCGGGUAAGAGAAUAAGCUCUCUGAGCAUAUUUUGGCAAAUUCCACAAUAUGUCUGUGUUGGUGUUUCGGAAGUUUUCAUGUAUGUUGGUCAGCUCGAGUUCUUUAACGGUGAAGCCCCAGAUGGGAUAAAAAGCUUUGGAAGUUCGUUGUGCAUGGCUUCAAUCUCUCUUGGGAAUUAUGUUAGCAGUAUGCUAGUUGCUGUGGUGAUGGGGAUUACUGCUAGAGGUUCAGACCCAGGUUGGAUUCCAAAUAACUUGAAUGAAGGUCAUAUGGACAGGUUCUACUUCCUGAUUGCAGGACUAGCAGUCAUCGAUUUUGUAAUUUAUGUUUAUCUUUCUAAGAGGUACAAGUAUAUCAAUCUUGAAGGCCCUGAGAAUGAAGAGGAAAGUCAAGAAAGUCGGGAUGAUGAAGUGCUCCGAUGUGUUUAG